CACCGCACGUCAUGGCUCGCGUCUCCUGCCGUGCGGUGAACGCUUUGUCUCUCAGCAGCGCCGCGCGCCUGCCGCUUUUCCCCAAGUCCUUCUCGACCGGCUCCGUGGGCCACGGAGCUUGGACUAGCUCCGGAGAUCUGUCAUCCGCUGUGCUGCUGUACCCAAUCGCUUCCCCGCUCGCUUCCCCGCUCGCUUCCCCGCUCGCUUCCCCGCUCGCUUCCCCACUCGCCGCCAGCGCUUCCCGCGGCGGCGCUUCCACAUUCGGCGCUUCCCCAUGCGGCGCUUCCCCACGCGGCGCUUCCCCACGCGGCGCUUCCCCGCUCACCGCUUCCGCCGCCAACUCGCCCCUCGCGUCUGUAGCAGCGUCCCCGCGGUUCCGCUCGCGCUUCGAUCACACUCGUUAUCUGCACAACUAUUAUGGUGACGUGUGCGCGGUGUAUGAAAAUGACUCGCCAGGGCCUUUCAACACGCGGCGUAUGAUGAUGUCACCUGAGGGGAUGCGGCGAAGCUCCGCUGUUUCCAUCGCUACUGCGGAGAUUGUUCGAGUGUUCAUGCCGAAACUUGAUGUGCCUAUAAUGACGCGUAUGGAAUUUGAAGGCGCGCUUGGCGAGGCUGCUCCUAUCGAGUACGAUUCUCGCGUUGGAUCCAGAAAUGAGGAUUUCGAGGAGCAUCAUGGGAGCUUUGCUUAUUAUGGGAUUGUCAGUCAGCAUGUUGAACCUAUGCCGUCGGACAGUGACGACGAGGACUAUAACGAGGAUAAGCGGGCCUCUCAGGCACGCAUAGAGGCCAGCAGGCUCGUUCUCUUGGGAUCACGGCUUGGAUCCGUUCGCAAACUUGUCAGUCCGUAUGUUGAAGCGACUCUGCCGUCAGACAGUGACGAGGACUAUAACGAGGAUACAAGGGGCUCUCAGGCGCGCAUAGAGGCCACCAGACUGGCUCUCUUGGGCUCGCGGCUUGGAUCUGCUCGUUUUCAGCCAGCUGACCUAGUCGGAGUGAACCACGACACCUAAUAGUUCCCCCUCCUCACCAACGAACUGCUGUGGCAAUACCCGUUAGUACCUGACAAGGAGGCUUUUGGGCCUGGUUUGACCCCCAGAGUUGACCCACCAAACAAACGCGUAAGCCCUGCCAAACCCCUUUCCUGUUCUGGGAUCGAGCGAGGGGGGAAGAGAGCAAGGCUUCAUGCGAUUUGAGAAAAUGUGGUACAGUUGUCUUUCCUUUUGUGUGCGACGCUAUAGAUGUAUAUCUGGUUCAAAAAAGAAAAUAUAUUUGUAAUUAAAAACGGUAGUUAGUA